AUGGCCGAACAAAAUAGUGGCCGUGAUCAGAAGAAGAGGUUUGCCAUUGUUGGCAUCUCUUCAAUCCUUCUUGUGGCUAUGGUGGCUGCGGUGGCGGUUGGUUUAACCCGCAGCGGCACCGGCAAAAGCAACGGGCAUGAUGAGGGUACUGGUCAUGUCUUUAGCUCUCAAAGGAACGUAGAAAUGCUUUGCCAAUCAACAGAAUACCCAGAAACCUGCCACAAAAGCCUUGAUAAAGCAUCAAACGAAACCACAGACAUAAAAGAGCUUAUCAAAAUCGCAUUCAAUGCAACAGCUGUGGAGCUUUUGAACCACAUAAACAACUCCACCCUUUAUCAUGAGUUGGCAAAGGACAACAUGACAAAACAAGCCAUGGAUAUUUGCAAGGAAGUGUUGGAUUAUGCUGUUGAUGACAUUCACAAGUCUAUUGAGACAAUGGACAAGUUUGACUUCAACAAGCUCAAUGAAUACGCUUAUGACCUUAAGGUUUGGAUCACAGGAACCCUCUCUCACCAACAAACUUGCUUAGAUGGCUUUGAGAACACAACAACACAAGCUGGUUUAACCAUGGCUAAGGUUCUGAACACCUCUUUGGAGCUAAGUAGCAAUGCUUUGGAUAUGAUCAAUGGUGUCUCUGGCAUUCUCAAGGAUCUCAACAUCAACACAAUUGGUAGCAGAAGACUUCUCUCUGAGGAUGGUUUCCCUUCAUGGGUGAGUGAAGGGCAAAGACGUCUUCUUCAGGUUGGUCCUGGAAGCAUUAAGCCUAAUGCUGUUGUUGCUAAAGAUGGGAGUGGCCAAUUCAAAACACUUGGUGAUGCUCUUAAGACUGUUCCUCCAAAAAAUGCAGUGCCUUUUGUGAUUUAUGUUAAGACUGGUGUAUACAAUGAGAUUGUAAAUGUGCCUAAGGAAAUGACCCAUGUCACCAUCAUCGGAGAUGGUCCCACAAAAACCAGAUUCAGUGGUAGCCUCAACUUCAAGGACGGUGUCCAAACUUACAACACUGCAACCUUUGGAGUUAACGGUGCUAACUUCAUGGCAAAGGAUGUUGGAUUCGAGAACACAGCAGGAGCAACGAAGCACCAAGCAGUGGCACUUAGAGUAACAGCAGACCAAGCAUUGUUCUACAAUUGCCAAAUGGAUGGUUUCCAAGACACCCUUUACACUCAAUCCCAACGCCAAUUCUACCGUGACUGCACCGUAAGUGGAACCAUUGAUUUCAUCUUCGGUGACGCCUUUGGAGUCUUCCAAAACUGCAAGCUAAUAGUGAGAAAACCCUUAGACUCACAACAAUGCAUGGUAACAGCAGGUGGCAGAACAAAACAAAAUAGCCUUAGUGCCCUUGUUUUCCAAAACUGUGUCUUCACAGGGGAACCAGCGGUUGCUGCCCUUAAACCCAAGAUAUCAUACCUUGGAAGACCAUGGAAACCUUAUUCUAAGGUUGUUAUCAUGGACUCACAAAUUGAUGAUAUCUUUGUCCCUGAAGGGUACAUGGCAUGGAUGGGAAGUGCUUACAAGGAAACAUGCACUUAUUAUGAGUACAACAAUAAGGGUCCUGGUGCUGACACGUCAUCAAGAGUCAAGUGGUUUGGUGUUAAGACUAUAACACCUACGGAAGCUGGUGAUUAUUACCCUGGAAAGUUCUUUGAACUUGUUAACGCUACUGAACGUGAUGGUUGGAUUGUUAACUCUGGGGUACCCUACAACCUUGGACCUAUGGCUAGUAAAAAUUCCUCACCCGUUGGUGGUUUUACAACGAGAGGACAAGGGAAGGCACGUGUCCUUAUCCAGCCUGAGCAUCCUGAACGUACUCGUGAAAUGUAA